AUGGAGGAAGACAACAGCGCGAGGAUGAAGGGGGUACUGAAGUGGUUCAGUGACCAAAAGGGUUUCGGUUUCAUCACCCCCGACGACGGCGGCGAAGAUCUCUUUGUCCACCAGUCCUCCAUCAAAUCCGACGGCUUUCGUAUCCUCGGCGACGGCGCGGCCGUCGAGUUCGUCAUCGAUUCAGGCGACGACAGCCGCACCAAAGCCGUCGACGUCACCGGCCCCAACCGCGCUCCCGUUCAGGGCACUACCCGCGAGGAGGCGGAGGAAUCUAACUCUCUCAUAAAAACCUUACCCUACAAUGUCAGCAUCUUCUCAAUCAAUUCCCUCUUAAUCCCGUACGGGUUUGAUCUGAUGGCCUCUGAGACUCAUCCCCCGUUGGGUCUUAACAUCACCAAAGCCCUAAUCUGA